GGCGUCGCGACGCGAACGUACUCCUCACUCAACGCUCGCUCGAUCUCGGAAGGUCCGACGGAGAUACGGAUCAGAGAAGUAACCUACAUGUUCGUGAUUCGUGCUGAUUUUCACGUUUGUUAGUGUGGAUCUGUAGCCCUCGGAAGAGGGCUGCAGUAUGAACUCCGCGCCCCGCCUACUGUCCUGCCCCGGCCCGAUCCGCCCGCCGCAGCCGGACCGCCCUGGCGCGCCCCCCCGCCACCUAGCGCGUGCGCGAUGAGUGCCGCCGCGGGGGCGGGGCCGGGGGGCGGACGCCCUUCGCCCGCCGCCGCAGCUGCAGCCGCCAAGAGGCCGGCGCGCAGGGCGGGCAAAGCGCCGCCCGACCGGCCGCAGCGCGCGCUCUUCUGUCUGCACCUGAAGAAUCCGCUGAGGAAGAUGUGCAUCGACGUGGUCGAGUGGAAGCCCUUCGAAUGGUUGAUCUUACUGACCAUCUUCGCAAACUGUGUUGCCUUAGCUGUAUUCACACCUUUUCCUAGUAGCGAUUCGAAUACAACAAACACAUAUUUGGAGACAAUUGAGUACAUUUUCUUAGUAAUUUUCACGGUUGAAUGUGUUAUGAAAAUACUGGCGUAUGGUUUCUUGAUGCACAUGGGGGCGUAUCUUCGGAAUGGAUGGAACUUACUCGAUUUCACAAUCGUAGUUAUUGGGUUGAUCAGUACUGUGUUAACAAACCUCACCAAAGACACUUUCGACGUUAAAGCUCUUCGAGCAUUCCGAGUCCUUCGACCUUUGAGGCUGGUUUCUGGUGUACCAAGUUUACAAGUUGUGUUGAACUCAAUUCUUCGUGCCAUGGUGCCUUUAUUGCAUAUAGCUCUUUUAGUAUUAUUCGUUAUUAUAAUUUACGCCAUCAUUGGAUUGGAGUUGUUCUCAGGAAAAUUGCACAUGACUUGUUUCGAAAAUAUAUCGUCGGUGCCGACGAUGAUGGACAAUCCGCAUCCCUGCGGCACCGAUGUGGGGUUCAACUGCAGCCAAUUGGGCGAGGGGAUGUACUGCAAAGACGGCUGGGACGGGCCGAACAGCGGCAUCACCAACUUCGAUAAUUUCGGCCUGUCAAUGUUGACAGUUUUCCAGUGCAUCACGCUGGAAGGAUGGACCGACGUACUGUACAAUAUACAAGAUGCGUUAGGAAGGACAUGGCAGUGGCUGUAUUUCGUUUCGAUGGUGAUUUUAGGAGCCUUUUUCGUUAUGAACCUAAUUCUUGGUGUGUUGAGCGGGGAGUUCUCUAAAGAGAGAGAGAAAGCGAAAGCCAGAGGGGACUUUCACAAGCUUCGAGAGAAGCAGCAGUUAGAAGAAGAUCUGAGAGGUUACUUAGAUUGGAUAACCCAGGCCGAAGACAUUGAACCGGAAGGAGAAGACCACCAGAACCAGGAUAACAGAAACAUGACGAAAAACGAAAUGGAGUCGACGGAUCACAUAGGGGAGGAGGAGAUUCAACAGGAGUCGUGGUUCAAGAAGAAAAAGAAGGAUUUCGAGAGGGUGAAUCGGAGAAUAAGGAGGUCUUGCCGCAAAGGUGUCAAGUCACAAUCCUUCUACUGGCUCAUUAUUGUUUUAGUAUUUUUGAAUACCGGCGUUUUAGCUACGGAACAUUACAAUCAACCGCAUUGGUUAGAUGAUUUUCAAGAGUAUACCAAUAUGUUCUUCAUUGCUUUGUUCACGAUGGAGAUGUUGUUAAAGAUGUAUAGUCUAGGUUUUCAAGGAUAUUUCGUAUCGUUAUUCAAUAGAUUCGAUUGUUUUGUUGUUAUCGGAAGUAUCAUGGAGAUGAUUUUAACAAACAGCAAAGUGAUGCCUCCCCUAGGAAUAUCUGUGUUACGUUGUGUUAGAUUGUUGAGAGUUUUUAAAGUUACAAAAUAUUGGCGAUCGUUAUCAAAUUUAGUUGCCUCUUUGUUGAAUUCCAUUCAAUCGAUUGCAUCAUUGUUGCUCCUACUUUUCCUGUUCAUUGUUAUUUUCGCACUUCUCGGAAUGCAAGUUUUCGGUGGAAGAUUCAACAAAGAUACCGAAGAAAAAACCAGAUCGAAUUUUGACAGCUUUUGGCAGAGCCUGUUGACAGUGUUUCAGAUAUUGACAGGCGAAGAUUGGAAUGCUGUCAUGUACGAAGGCAUAGCAGCUUAUGGAGGCGUACAAUCAAUCGGGGUUCUCUCCUGCAUUUAUUUCAUCAUCCUCUUCAUCUGCGGCAACUACAUACUGCUGAACGUGUUCUUGGCCAUCGCUGUCGAUAACUUGGCUGACGCGGAAUCUUUGACCGCGAUCGAGAAAGAAGAGGAAGAGGGCGAUAAGAAAGAGAAGAGCCCGACUCUGCAAGAGGAGGAGGAAGGGGCAGAAGAAGAGCAUAGCGUGGAAGAAGAGGAAGAAGAAACUGAUGGACAGUAUUCCGAAAGAUCAGAGCACGAUGAAGAGGCAGGAUCCCAAACGAAGAUAGCUGAGGAUGGGGAAUUUGACGAAGAACAAAUCGAAGACGACGAUAUAGACCUUCGAAUUGACGACGACGAAAUGGAGGUAGUCGCCAGAGAUUCCGCCAGACCUCGUCGAUUGUCGGAGGUUACCAUAGUUAAGAAAAUUCGUCCUAUACCGAAAGGCAGUGCAUUCUUUAUAUUUUCGUAUAAGAACAGAUUCCGCAUUUUCUGUCACUGGCUAUGCAACCACAGUUAUUUUAGCAAUUUCAUUCUGGUUUGUAUCAUGGUGUCGUCUGCUUUACUCGCAGUUGAAGAUCCGAUCGACGCAGAUUCGGAUACUAACAAGGUGCUGUCAACAUUCGACGUAUUUUUCACAGUGAUAUUUUCGAUAGAACUGAUGCUGAAAACCACUGCAUAUGGAUGUAUCUUACACGAAGGUGCCUUCCUGCGCUCUGCCUUCAACAUGUUGGAUUUGCUGGUUGUUUGUGUGUCGCUAGUAUCGAUAUACAACAGUCAAGGCGCUAUGAGCGUAGUGAAAAUUCUCAGGGUUUUGAGGGUGCUCCGACCACUGAGGGCAAUCAACAGGGCCAAAGGUCUGAAGCACGUAGUCCAGUGUGUGAUUGUCGCGGUAAAGACCAUCGGCAACAUAGUGCUGGUCACUUGCCUCCUUCAGUUCAUGUUCGCUGUAAUAGGAGUCCAACUAUUCAAGGGAAAGUUGUCGCACUGUACUGAUCGUUCCAAGAUGACGGCAGCCGAAUGCAACGGCACUUAUCUGGUGUACGUAGACGGCGACAUAAACCGACCGGAAAUGAAAGAGCGAAGCUGGGAUCCGAACCGCUUCCACUUCGACAACGUCCUCAAAGCCAUGCUCACCUUGUUCACCGUGUCCACGUUUGAGGGGUGGCCCAACCUGCUUUACGUGUCCAUAGACUCGAACGAGGAGAACAAAGGACCGAUCCACAACUUCCGGCCCAUCGUGGCGGCCUACUACAUCAUCUACAUCAUCAUCAUAGCCUUCUUCAUGGUGAACAUCUUCGUCGGUUUCGUCAUCGUCACUUUCCAGAACGAGGGCGAGCAGGAGUACAAGAACUGCGAGCUGGACAAGAACCAGCGCAACUGCAUCGAGUUCGCGUUGAAGGCCAAGCCGAUACGGAGAUAUAUACCCAAACAUCGGAUCCAGUAUAAGGUCUGGUGGUUCGUGACGUCACGACCGUUCGAGUACGCCAUCUUCACCCUGAUCCUCACCAACACCAUCACGCUCGGCAUGAAAUUCCAUCAUGGCACCGACGAGUACCAGGUGUACGAAAAAGUCUUGGACUACCUCAACAUGAUAUUCACAGCCGUCUUCGCCAUGGAGUUCGUUUUCAAGCUGGCCGCCUUCCGUGUUAAGAAUUACUUCGGAGACGCCUGGAACGUAUUCGAUUUCAUCAUCGUUUUGGGAAGUUUCGUGGAUAUCGUGUAUCAGGAUGUUAACCCCGGCUCCAAGUUCCAACUAUCUGGCAACUUUUUCCGAUUGUUUCGUGUUAUGAGACUCAUCAAACUGUUGAGCAGAGGGGAAGGCAUAAGGACCCUGCUGUGGACUUUCUUGAAGUCCUUCCAAGCUCUGCCCUACGUUGCCUUACUGAUAGUCAUGUUGUUUUUUAUAUAUGCUGUCAUAGGGAUGCAGAUGUUUGGGAAAAUAGAGUAUGACGAUUUGACAUCGUCGUCCUCCAUUAAUAGGAACAAUAACUUUGCAACUUUCUUCCAAGCAGUAUUGAUUUUAUUUCGAUCAGCAACUGGGGAAGCAUGGCAAGAAAUAAUGAUGGAUUGUGCUGACACCUCAGCUGCUAAAUGCCACAAAAACGUUACCAAAACUGACUCAACGUGUGGGUCUGAUGUGGCCUACCCAUAUUUUAUAUCCUUCUACGUGCUAUGUUCAUUUCUGAUCAUCAACCUAUUCGUAGCCGUCAUCAUGGACAACUUCGACUACCUGACCAGAGACUGGUCGAUCCUCGGCCCGCAUCACCUCGACGAGUUCAUUCGGCUGUGGAGCGAGUACGACCCUGACGCUAAAGGCAGGAUCAAGCACCUCGACGUGGUCACCCUGCUCAGGAAGAUCUCGCCGCCAUUAGGGUUCGGCAAGCUCUGCCCGCAUAGGGUGGCCUGCAAGAGGCUGGUGUCGAUGAACAUGCCCUUGAACAGCGACGGGACGGUGUUGUUCAACGCUACGUUGUUCGCGGUGGUGAGGACCUCGCUCAGGAUCAAGACGGAGGGGAAUAUCGACGAUGCUAAUUCGGAGCUGAGGGCUGUUAUCAAGAAGAUCUGGAAGCGGACCAGUCCGAAGCUGUUGGAUCAGGUCGUCCCGCCUCCAGGGGUGGACGACGAGGUGACGGUGGGCAAAUUCUACGCCACCUUCCUCAUCCAGGACUACUUCAGGCGGUUCAAGAAGCGGAAGGAGCAGGAGGGGCGCGACGGCGACGGCGAGGCGCGCGACACCGUCACGCUGCAAGCGGGGCUGCGCACGCUGCACGAGGCGGGGCCGGAGCUGAAGCGCGCGAUUUCGGGCAACCUCGACGAGCUGGUCGACGACAAUCCGGAGCCGAUGCAUCGCAGGAACCAUUCGCUGUUCGGAAGCGUUUGGUCGUCGAUGAGGCGAGGCCACACGUUCAAUCGCGCCAAAUCCCUGAAGCUGAACUCGACCCAAAUCAAAAUAACACCGGCGUCCAGCGUCGAUUACCUCCCGUACAACUCCAUCAAGAACGCAGUGGCCGAAGGGAUGAACCACAUCACCGCGAUGACGAAGAACGUGCAGAACAGGUCAAGCGUCUUGUCGCUGAAUAAUCAAGAGGGCGUCAAGGACGAGGAGAUCCCGCUAAGGGCGCUCAAUAACUUGCACAACGGGGAUGACAAAAACAACUAUACGGUUAUCGACAUGCAGAGCGACGACGCGGAGCUGAUGCCGCCUACGCCGCCGCCGCGCCGCGGCCUGCUUGGCUGCGCGCGCACCUCCCCGGGCCGGGUGGCGGCCGGCCUGCAGCUGGCGCAGGCGCAGGCGAUGGCCGUGGCGGGGUUCCUGCCGCUGCUCGGCGCGCGGCCGGCGGAUGGGUUGCCCUGCGCCGGGGCCAAUCACAGGGCUUCUUUCCACGGCAGAGUGCCGCCAGGUGAACCCAACGGCCACGCGGGCCCCGAGCGACUCGUCCACUCCCUACCGGGCAGCCCCUCGGAUCGUCGGCCCCAGCCCCCGCCCCCUUUCGAGGUGGUCGGCUCGGCCGAGAGCCUCGUCGGCCGUGUGCUGGCCGAGCAGGGCCUCGGCAAGUACUGCGACGAGGAGUUCGUACGCUACGCUUCCAGAGAGAUGCAAGAGGCGCUCGAGAUGACCAAGGAGGAGAUGGACCGCGCCGCGCACCGCAUCCUGCUCGGCAAAGGGGAGGGGCCAGGAGGCGGGUCGUAGCGCGCGCACCUUGCGCCGCGCUGCAUGAGCGCCGCGCGCCCUCGUGCGCCACGUUUCAACGGGGCAGCGACCACCGCGCGCCUUCUAGCGUCACGCUUCGACAGAGCAGCGAAGACCGCGCGCCUUCGUGCGCCACUCUCCGACGGAGCAGCGAGGACCGCGCGCCUUCUAGCGUUACGCUUCGAGGGAGCCGUGAAGAAAGCGCGCCUAUGUGGGCUACGCUUCGACGGAGCAGCGAGGACCACACGCCUUCGUGCGCUACGCUUAGAGAGAGACGCAGGAAGCGGUCGGCGGAUCGUAGCGACCGCGCGCCUUUGUGCGUCACGCUCGAGGAAGAUGCUCGGGCAAGGGGAAGUGGGAAGAGGAAGGGCAGGUUCGGGGAGUCGUAGCGGGCGGUGUUGCUAGAAAGUCGAGUGGUACCGGGAGGUUGUGGAAUCGGGCUUUUUUCUGGAUGGUUUCUUCGACAGAUCGAUCGAUUGGGACAGUUUCGAAAUUUGAGUGCUUGCUUCUGGAAACUCGGCGUAUGUGGAAUGCACGACAGCGCGUUCACAUGCUAGUUUUCAGAUUGCAGCGUAUUUUCAUCUCAUUGCCCGAUUUGUAUCCAGUUUAUUAAUUAUUCGACAGGACCACAGAAAUAUUGGAGGACUAGUGGUGGUCAAACAAUAAUUCGCCCUAACAAAUAGAGAUAUUGAGGUAUUCGAUACAAGAUUAUGGAGAAUAGUAGGUAGCAGUAGUGCACCUACGCCGCUCUUCUUCCAAUCGACCCCUAUCUCACCCAUGCUUCAUUCUUAUCUGGAAUUCCUGACGAAUGUCAAAAAAACGUGAAAAAACGGCAAGAGACAUCACAAAAUGACAAAGUUUCAAAAAUCCUGAAAAAUGUGUUGAUUUAUGUCAGGGGCGUCAUUCCGGUGAAUACCAGGCGGAGUCAAGAAACUGGAGAAGAAAAAAUUUGUGCAAUGUGGAAAAUGCGCCACUGGCGAAAUUUCUUUCGGGUUUAAGGUCAAAUAACUUUGAUUUGAAAAUAAGAUUUCUUUCAGAGUGACAUCAACUCCAUUUCAACGUUUACCAGGAAGGGGGCCAAAAAACUCAAACGAAAUUUUAUACGGUGAAAAUACGCCGCAGGCGAAAAAGCCGUUGGGAUUUGUGGUCAAAUGUCUUAGAAUUGAAAAUUAAAUUUCUUUCAGACUGAAAACUCCAUCACAUUAUAUUAUAACUUACAUAUGUUCUCAGUGUGCUGCAAUUGAUAUAAAAUGAUCUGAAAAUAGGUAAUAGGAACAAUAAGGGACGCAUCAAAAAGAAUUUUGGAUACUCUGUCUGUGAGUUACACGAGCAGAUGGAUGUUCCCGAAUUUUUUUUGGGGCAUAUGGAAUACUGAUCCAUUCUUUCAAUUUCGUAAAAUAUUCCCAGAUUCAUAUUUUAUCGUAUCCGAAUGAACCACUAUCACGCAUAACAGAAAAUAAGUUAUUAUUCAUUAGUUCAUUGUAAUUUUUACAUGUUGGGAAUUUUUGCUUCCUGAUUCAGGUUUAUUUUAUGUAUGAUACCUACUAUUAUACUCAAUGAUGUUUUAACAAUUUUGAAAUAUAUGUUUGUUCAAUUCAAGCAAUGAUAAAAUAUUGAUGAUGUAUGUAUAUUUUGUGAUUAUACAGGAAGAAUUCAAGCGGAUUAAAUGUUUCGUAGAAAAUCUGUUGCCCCCCCCUAAAUGACGCAUGCGUGAUGUUUUGACGCUGCUGUGACGUUUUCGUGUCGUUUUGCCACGAUUUUUGACGUUUUAUUAACGUUUUCUAGACGUUAGGCAUGUGAAAAUAAAGCAUGAAUGAGAUAGGAAUCGAUUGGGAUGAGAGAGCCAUAGGUGCACUACUAGCAAAAAAUCUGGUAAAUAAGAUUUCUAUAGGAUGUAUACCUAUUCAACCAAAUGUCACUUUUCCAACAUUUUCUAUGAAUACGCCCGUUGGCAUGUGAAAGUUUCGAAAACAAGCACUCCAUACUUCGAAACUGUCUCCUACCUCUCCAUAAUGAAUAUAAAAGGAUGCGAACGGGAAAAAACGCGGAGAACGUGAAUAAAACAUCUCGAAUGCGUGAAGCGACAAAUGUGUGACGCAGUAAGACGUUACUUUGAAGUUUUUACACUUUUUUCACCUUUGCACUCUCGUAUAUUGUGCAAAGAGAGAGGAACUGAGAUGAUGAGAGAAUCAGGAUGGACAUGAAAAAAGCUGGAAAACAGCAUGAACAUGUCUAGCUGCCAAAUGGUCCGGUUUCAGCGGAAAAAUAGCCGUGCUGGCAACACUGACAGCGACUCGCCGACGUUGCCAAUUUUCCCGCCAUACCCACCGCCACCCUACCAAGUGCCUAAAUAAUUUCUUCUGGUCCAAAGAAGACUUAUAAAUGAUAAGGUGUAGUUUUUUAAUCCGGGUUUUACCGAACGGGAUUGUUUCUCCAGUUAUAUUAUAAAAAUCUUGUACAGGGUGUGAAAGUAUGAACUGUAAUUGCCACAAUUUACGAUUUUCUAAUAUCAAAUGUGUCAAAUAAUAACAAUAAAUCCUAAUUUUCAUUUA